AUGACCUGCAAUAAUUCCACUCAUGGUAGCCAGAAAAUGAAGACCUGUUUCCCCAACAAUGGUCCCGGCACAGAACCCCCUAUCAUGAUCUUCUUUAAUUUGAUCAUUUGCCUGUGUGGGCUGCUGGGGAAUGGCACUGUUCUCUGGUCUCUCGGUUUCCAUAUUAAAAGAAGCCACUUCACCAUCUACAUCCUCAAUCUGACAGUUGCUGACUUCAGCUUCCUCCUGGGACGAGUCAUCUGGUAUCUUGCCAAGAUUCUUUACAUAUAUACUAGCAAGCUUCUUACCAUAUACCAUAUGUUUUAUAUAUGUCACGGAACCCUUGUAUUCAAUAUGUUUAUGUACAAUACAGGGCUGGGAUUCCUGACGGUCAUCAGUGUGGAGAGGUGUCUGUCCAUGCUCUAUCCUCUCUGGUACAGAUCCCACCAUUUGAAGAAGAAAUCUCCUGCCAUCUGCGCUUUCAUUUGGUCCCUCUCAGUUUUCAUGGCAGUCCUGGAGUUUUACUUUGAGAUCUACAUGGGGGACACCUAUGAGACCUGGAGAAUCAUCAUCAAUAUUUUUAGCUGUGUUCUUAACUUCCUGGUAUCCACGCCGCUGAUGGUUCUCUCCAGCCUGAUCCUCUUCCUGAAGUCCUGGAAGUUCUCUCAGCAUCACCACCCUGCCAAGCUCCAUGUCACCAUCCUGGUGACCAUCCUCGUCUUCCUUUUCCUCGGCCUUCCCCAGAAGGGUUGGUUUAUUGUGCACUUUGGGUUCAGAGUGCCCGUCCCCAGGUAUGUCUCCAUUGUCUUUGAGCUUCUCUCCUGCAUAAACAGCAGUGCCAACCCUGUUGUCUACUUCUUUGUUGGCAACUUCUGGAAGAAUAAGAAAAGACGGUCCCUGAAGCUGAUUCUCUUGAGAGCCUUCAAGGAGGACUUCCAAGGGAGAGAAGAUAGAAUGACCCUCCCUGCCACCAGCUCUGAGACCAUAGGGAGAAGGGACCCACAGAAGUCAUCCUGA